AUGGCUGCACGAGGACGUGGUAGGCAUGGUACAAACCAUGCAGAGGAAUCGACGAGGGGUGCAGAUGCUUUUAUAGCUGCAAUGAACACCAUGGCUGAGGCUGUGCAUGAAACGGCAACUGCUACUACGCGAGCAAUUGACCAUUUAGGGGAGAGGAACGGAGAUCGUAACGGAGGACUUAAUGGUGAGUGUGGUGGAGACGGUAAUGAUAAUGAGGGUGCCGGAAACCACGAUAACCCUAUGACACUGGCAACCUUUCUGAAGGUAAAUCCGCCUAAGUUUAAGGGGACGCUUGUUGCAACUGAAGCUGACAAUUGGUUCCGUGGUAUUGAGAAGUCAUUGCGAGCGCAACAUGUACCAGAAAGACAGUAUGUGGAAUUCGCAACCUAUAUGCUGGAGGGAAAAGCUGAACACUGGUGGCAUGGAGUGCAACGCUUGUUAAGGCAGGUGGUGGAAGAGAUUGACUGGGAUACUUUUAAGGAGGAAUUUUACAAAAAGUACUUCCCUAGAACUGUUCGUGAUGCUAAAGAAAUGGAACUGAUGCAGUUGACGCAGGGGAAUAUGUCAGUAGCAGAAUAUACUCAGAAAUUUGAGGAUUUGUGCCGAUUCUCUAAGAUCUGUCAGGAAAACCCAGAUGAUUUUGAGGAAUGGAAGUGUUUGAAGUACGAAGGAGGACUCUGUGAAGAACUAAUGCACUCGUUGGUACCACUGCAAAUACGAAAUUUUCCAGAGCCUGUACCGGAGGAGGACAUCCCAGUGGAGCAGAUCUCGGUAUCUACUUCCGAGCCAUCUUCUGAGGAGCCGCUCGCCGCCUCUAUCAGUGGACCGGUGAGUGCUGGUCAGACCAGUAGUACGAGUGCCAGUGCCCCUUCUGAGAUUAUAGAGAUUUCUGAUGACGAGGACGAGGAUCCUGAGGAGUGUUCUGAUGUGGUUGUGAUCUCCUCUGACGAUGAUAGCUGA